AUGGACUUCUUUAACAAAGCCAAACAGGCUGCCGAGAAAUACAUCAUUGAAGAUUCGAGCAGCAGCAACAACUACAAGAAAAAAUCAGACACAGGGUCAUUGCUCACCAAGGCAAAGGACGCGGCCGAGAAGUAUCAUGCAAAGGAAAAAGCCGCCGAAUACGCUCAGAAGCGAGUGGCCAAGCGGAAUGGGGAUAAUAGGGACAAGUCAGCGGUUUCCAAGGCCAUGGAAGCCACCGAAGACUUUUUUCGCGAAGCAGGGUCAGCCCAAGUGUGA